UCCUUUGUAAGACUAAAAAAACAAAUACUCCCGAAUAAUCUCUAAACAAAUGGGAGCCCACCAAUUUUCAGGGAUCCUUCCGCCUUCGGCCGGUCUGUCUAAACUCCCUUUUGAUUCUUCUUUGACAUUAUCACUUCAAUCAUCAAUAGAUAUAUUCAAACUGGACAUAGAGUGAUGUGUGUUUGUGUACACGCGUAUAUGUAUAUAUCUUCCAUCGCAUCUCUGCUAUCAGCCGCCUUUAUUCAGGUUUCAUCCUUUGACUUCAAUAAAUGCUUGACCCGUAUUUAGUAUUGAGACAAAAGUUUGUUACUCUUGGGAAUCUGAAGUGGGAUAUGAAUUUUAUGAGAAAGCUGCAGUCUUUCUUGGCUUCUAUUGUUUUUUAUAUGUGGGUUUUGGAAUUUAUGAGUAAUUAUUGAGAAAAAAAAGUGGUGGGUGGGUGGCAUAUUGAAUCGGGAGAGCAUAUUUUCUGUUUGAUUGGGUUCUGUGGCUUCAAAGUUUCCUAAGGUUUUUGAUUGUGGAGAGUGUGCUGGCUUGAGCAAAGGAAUUUGCGAACCAUGAAUGGAGAUUCAGUUUUAACUUUGUAACUGAACUCAUGCUCCAUCUGUUUGACUUCCCUAGCUAGGCAGUAGCCAAGCUUGUGUGUCGUUGUGGAGAUUCACCGUUUAGAGGAUUCUGGUCUGGCCUUCCAAAGGAAAUGGGUCUGGUUUUGCUAACAUUGUGCUUGCUUGUGGAAUCUACGGUAACAGCUGCCUCGGGCUUGUUGGAGCAUCAAACGGCUUGUGGAAAGUACCAUAUUAGUAACUCGGAUGAUCCUAGUCGUGAACUCUUUUAUAUUGAUGGCAAAUUGGUACAUAGGUAUUUCUUCUGUAAGGCUAUGCGCGACUAUCACGAGAGACAAUGCUUUGUUCAGGAAAAUAUCAGAAAUAAGUAUUGCCAGUCAUUAGAGAAAUUGCCUUUACUGUAUGGCAGAAAAUCCCUUCACGAUGUUGUUAGAGACCGAUAUAGUGAGAUUGAUAAUGAUAAAACAACUUUGGGUGGAAAGGAUAAAUAUGAUAAUCCUGUAUUAAAACCAAAAAUGCUAGCCAUGGCAGUACCGGCUUUCUUUCUUUUGUGUUGUACUUUGGUCUGUCCAUGCUUCCAAGCAAAGAAAAAGGAUACAGGUCAUACUGUUCUCUCCAAGGAACCAAAUUCAAUUGAUUCAAUUUCAUCUUUAGAAAUGAAUCCUAUACUUGAAAAGUUUGUUGGCAGCCCACAAAGAGUGCCACCAAGUCCCUUGAGAGUGCCCCCAAGUCCUUCAAGAUUUUCAAUGUCACCGAAACUCAAUAGGCUUGGAUCUAUUCAUUUAAAUAUGCACCAAGUUGCGAAGGCAACACAAAAUUUUUCUUCUUCAUUACUAAUAGGUGAAGGAGGGUUCGGAACCGUCUACAAGGGUGAAUUACCAGAUGGCCAGGUUGUUGCUAUCAAACGAGCAAGAAAGGAACAUUUUGAAGCCCUACGGACUGAGUUCCGAAGUGAAGUCGAACUUCUGGCUAAAAUUGAGCAUCGCAACCUAGUGAAGCUUUUAGGUUAUCUCGAAAAAGGAAACGAGCGCCUGAUCAUCACGGAGUAUGUGCCCAACGGCACCCUUAGGGAAUAUUUAGAUGGUGUCAAGGGAAAGAUAUUGGAUUUCAAUCAGCGACUCGAGAUUGCCAUUGAUGUUGCGCAUGGCCUAACGUAUCUCCAUCUAUAUGCCGAGAAGCGGAUAAUCCACAGAGACGUCAAGUCGUCGAACAUUCUGCUGACGGAGAGCUUGAGAGCGAAAGUUGCGGAUUUCGGAUUCGCCAGGCUGGGAGACGACACGGAGAAAACUCACGUAUCGACGAAAGUGAAGGGGACGGUGGGCUACCUUGAUCCGGAGUAUAUGAAGACGUACCAACUGACGACGAAGAGCGACGUGUACUCGUUCGGGAUACUGCUUCUGGAGAUAUUAACGGGGCGCAGGCCGGUGGACCUGAAGAGAGCGGCGGACGAGAGGGUGACGGUGAAAUGGGUAUUCCGCAAGUACAGCGAAGGGAGAUUCUGGGAGAUGGUGGAUCCUCUGAUACAUGAGAAAAUAGAUAAGGAGAUAUUGGCGAAGAUGUUCGGUUUGGCGAUCCAAUGCGCAGCGCCCACACGUGUGGAUCGCCCCGACAUGAAAGCCGUGGGAGAGCAGCUCUGGGGGAUUCGAAUGGACUUCUUCAAAACUGAGAGAAGAGACUCAACCUAAUAUGCCUAAUGCUUUCUCCUCCACCACCAUUCUUCAUAUAUAAUACUACUAUACACUUUCAUUUCA